AUGGCAGACAAAGGUAGUGAUUCAGGAGAGGAAGAGGAUCCAACCAUUGCUGAAGAUGUUGUUGUCACGAAGUACAAAAUGGCGGGUGAUAUGGCAAACCGUAAGUACAAAUAAUGCUACUCAGAUUCUUAGAUUUUCACAAAAGAGAUUUCCACGAUGAGGUAACUGUACUAGUUAUAUCAUGUCCGACGAAGAUCUUCCACCGGUUUUUUUUAACAACUUCAGCCUUGUUCAUUUUGUUCUCGUCUGAUAUAGAUCUUGAAAAACACUUUUUCGCCUGAAGUGCGGAAAUCAAUAAUGUUCUUCCAAUAUCUUCAUUCAAUUUUGGUUAAAAAUUCUGGAAAUUUAAGAAUCUUUGUUUAUAGUUUGAAUACAAUUCUCGCAGCAUAAACUGUUUAAUCGAAGCCUUUGAAUAAAUCAUAAGGCAUCAGUGUAGUAAAACGCCCAAAACUAUUCAUUACUAGAUGUUUAGGGUUGUAUAAUGUACAAUCAUGUGUGAACUUUGUUUAAGUAAAAAUUAUAAUCUCUAUGGGGUGUAUUUCAAAAGCCUCUUAAGAUACAGAAGUAAGUUACAUGAUAGCCUGUUAAUUUGAAAAUAUUUUGCAUGUCUUGAUGGAGAUGUUAAGUUAAUUUAAUGCUUUUUCGCUGGUACUUCCCACAACAUUAAUAUAAAUGUCAUUUCAGUCGUAUUUAAUUGUCUCCUUACCACUAAUAUAAUACAGUGGUUAAGUAGCUUGAGGAAAAAUCUUCAGAGCUUGUCAUAUUCAGGCUACUUGUUAAUAAUCUCAAGAAAAUAGAGAUGAUGGUAAAUAACUGAUUAAAAAUAAAAGGGAAUAUUUAAGAUCAAGAUCUAGAUGAGGUUCGAGAGGUUUCUUAAUUUAUAAGACAUUUGAAUACUUUCCAAACUAUAAAGGUGCAUUGAACUAUCAAUAACAGUUUUGAUCUAGAAACCAAAUACAGAUAAUUUCUUCAUCUAGCUGGUGAUAGAUAAUUCAAGAAUUCUUUUCUAGGGUCUCGGGGCAUGCUCUCCCACAAAAUAUUAUUUUGAAAUGUAGAGGCUCUGAAGGGUAUUUUAUUAAUUCAUUUGGAGGUUUAUGCUCAGCAUUAUAGCCUUUGGUUGUCUUGGUAAACUUGUGGCAAAUAGAGAUUGGAAGGGAGUAAAACCACAGGAGAAAGUUGUCUAUUUUUGAAAUUUUUCAUAGCAGGGACUGGUUUUAGGUUUUAUUAAAGUUAACUGUUCAUAACUUUCACGCAUUGUUCUACAAAAAGUGUGCAGCUCUGAAAUAAACAUAUUGUAGCCAGUUUUUUUUUAGCUGGUGGUGGCCGGCACUUAAAGAAAACUCCACUCAUGCAACUGUGUUAAGCUCUAGCAAGUAGAUGUUAGCUCAGAAUUUGCGAUCACCCUUCACAUACUAGUAAAUUGGUUGGGAUUUUAGAAGAAUUUCUUCUUAAAGUUUGCAAUAAAUCCCUCCAUGCACUGAAGCAUUAUAGUGAUAAGUGUUUUACAUUUGUAUUUCCGAAAGGCAUUCUCAAGAAGAUCAUAGAUGCCACAACUGUUGGAACUACUGCACGCACAUUAUGUCAGAUGGGAGAUAACCUUAUUGAGGAGGAAACUAGCAAGGUUUUUAAAAAAGAAAAAGAACUGAAAAAGGGUAGACAUCAUUUUCUUUUUGUUAUUAUUUUAUGAACAACAUAGCCUUUUAGUUCUACUGAUCCUGGUGGGAUUUUGUUUCUGAUAUUUGUCAUGUUAAUCAAAGUUCUUCUAUACAUGCAAGGAAUUGCAUCUUUUCAUCGGGUGGAUAAUGUUUAUGUGAGCUGCAUUGACUUCAUAAAUAAGUUACCUGACAAACAGGGUAGCUUUGUACCUAAAAUUUUCUGUGUUGUAACACUUCUUUGCCAGCUGGAUUACCAAAGGGUUUCAUAGAACAGGAAAGUUCUUCUAUUUUGUUACUGUUGGCUUACAAGCCAAAAUCUUUGCACUCUAAAGUAGUUAAGGCCUCUUUGGUUUGUGUAAUGAACAGUUUCUAAAACUGAGAUGAACAUCCCUUUUAAUUAUUAAACCAAGACAGCACACACUCACGGGGGCUAGUGCAACAAAUAUUCAUGUUCAUGGCACUUCUGACCUCAAUACAGUUGAAGAAUUUAGGCAAAAUGCAGAGGACAGUGAGGUUUACCUCCAUUGAAGAUCUUCAAAUCCUGUGUCACUUGGAGCCAAUUAGAUAUAUUUAUUCCUAUUUUGUUUAUAUACUUCAUUCACAGUUUGUCUUUUAAGCAGCUUUGUAAUUUUUGUUAUUGUUUUACAAGGUAUUGCUUUUCCGACGUGCAUCUCAGUAAACCACGUUGUCUGCCAUUUUUCACCCCUUUUGAGUGAGACUGACAUCCCCAUUAAUGAUGGUGAUAUGGUGAAAAUGUAAGUUGGAAUGUGAUUAUUAUCAUCAGUAUCAGUGUUCUCCAGAAGCACUGGCAGCUGGCUUUUUCACCAGCUACUUGCAUCUCAAGCGCUGGCUACUUUUGUUAGACAAAACCACAGAAAAUUAUUCUCUUUUUUUUUGUAAGACUAUUUCAAGUGAAGCUUGAAUUUGGGCUUGAUUUGGAAGCACUGGCUAUUUUACAAUCUUAGCUGACUACUUCAAAAUCUGUGGAAAACACUGAUCAGCAUUUAUAUCGUCACAUUUUCCAUACUCUUCUUUAUGCAUUCCCCUUGGUACUGACAAGGACAAUUCAUUUAAUUACCAAAGCUUGUUAGAUUGGCCAUCAUUACCUUAAUUCUCACAAUUACAAUAAAAUAUUUAGCAGGAUUACUGUGAGGAGGAGAAAUUAGAUGCUGAUCACUCCAAGGGGUUUAUAGGAUUUAAGAGUUAAUAUGGCACAUACUGUCGCAAUUACAUAUCUUGUAUUGCUAUGGAGUGUUAAAUUAUUUUUGGACCAAUUGAAUGACAUCAGCAGCAAUUUGAGUCCCAUGACUUGGAGCAACACUGAACUCCAAGAACACAAUUGAUUGACAUUGACCUGGUCUUACUGUUUAUUUUAGUCCUGCAACAUCAGUAUCUGUAUUCUCCAUACUGUUCUUUGUACAUCUCCUCUGGUACUUAAGGAGAAUUUGUUUGACUAUCAUAAGUUUCUUAAAUUGGUGAUCAUUUCCUUUAUUUUCAUGACCUUCAGGUUUGAUUAAAGGCAGAUCCUGUGACAAGAAAUUAAAAGCCAGUUACUUGUAGGAGACAAAAGGGUUUAACAAUGCUGAUGUGUAAAUAUAGCCUUGAAAUAAUUUGUUUUUCUUUUUUGUUCAUCUGUUUUUCCCAGAGACCUCGGUGUCCACAUUGAUGGAUAUAUUGCAGUUGUAGGACACACAAUUGUUGUUGGUGCUUCUAAGGUAAUUUAGUUUAAUUUUGGGGAAAUCAGGAUUUGAAUUUGAGUUUAAUUUGUCAUAGAAAUGACAGAGUAAUAGUGUAGUUCGAUCGUCCUGGUGAGUGUAGUCCUGAGAAGGACUGUUGUCAGGAAUGGUGACUGAUGUUUCGACAACCUGAGCAGAAGUUAUCAUCAGAGUCAAAUGAAAGGUUGUUGUCAGUUGAAUGUACUUAGUCUGGUGAGUGUAAACUGAUUGGUCAGUUUUGCUGUGAUGUUAUUGGCUGUAAGACUCAAGUGGUGUAGGUCAGUCAUGAUUGGUCGGUUUGGAUCUGUUAGUGAAGUUAGGUUGUUCUGUUCGGUUUGUUUGUAAUGUUAAUGUUGUGAAUGAGUCGUUUGUAUGGUGCCGGUAGUGGUUGACACCUGUUGAAGGGAGUCUGUUCCAAGUUAGUAAACCAGCUUUACAGGGUCAGUCGUUGAAAGUAAUUGGUGCUGUAGGUUAGACAUUGCGCAGAGUCUCAGUCAAUAGUGUGGUUCAUAAGUCGGUGAUGUUCAGCAAUGUGAUUGUUGACAUCGCCUUUCCUUGGUGCUUGUUUCAAACCAUUUUAUGUAGAAAUGACAGAGUUUGUUAUAUGAUUUUAGGACAACAAAAUAACAGGCGCAAAGGCUGAUGUUCUUCUAGCAGCACAUUUAGCAUCUGAAGUAGCACAGAGGCUUGUGAAAGCGGGCAGUGAGGUAAGAUUGAAAGAGUUUUACAAAGAGAGCUUAUACUGCAUAGAAGAGGGAUGUUAUUUGCUUAGUUAUGAUAAGAAGAUGUGCAAAUAAGCCAGAAUGUUCUGGAGGAUGGUUGUCAUGAUAGCAAAAACUACAUACAAAUACUAAGUGGCCUUGAACCACUUUCUAAAAUAACCCAAAAUUUGAUGGGAUUUUUUCCCCCAGGUUUUAUUUAGGGGUAAGUGAUUAUAGGCAUUAUACUGGUUGUUGUAACAUUUAUCUAUAAAAACAUAAGUUGCAACUCAACAAUUUUAAUUCCAUUGCAGAAUUAUACAGUCACAGAUCAAAUACAGAAAGUUGCCGAGGCCUUUCAGUGCAAGCCAGUCGAGGGUAAGAUAAUUUUGCUUAAAUCACUUUAAUCUUUGUUAGUUCUCUUUCAGAAAAUCCAAGGGUUUCCCCUAAAGCUAUGUAAAGUCUUGAACAAGCUAGAGCUUUGAUACUCUUUUUUUCUUUUCAACAGGAAUGUUAUCACAUCAACUGAAAAGAAACAUCAUUGAUGGUGAAAAGGCAAUUAUACAAAAUCCUAAUGAACAGCAAAGGUAAUUGAACAACUAGUUCAUCUUUCAUCCUUGAAGUGACUAAAAAUGAAUUUCUCUUUACAAAAUUCUCACAUUUUCAAGUAUAAAGUUGAUUAGAAGAAAGAAAAAUAUGUUAAAGGCUUUAGUUUGAUUUAACACUAAAUUCUCAGGGCUAAAAUCAUAAGAAAUGUAUGGGAAUGAAAGACUUACUAGUGAAGUAACAAUUAUUUUAACCCUUCAACUCUCAUGAGUGACCAAGACAGAAUUUCUCCUUACAAUAUCAAUACAAUAUCCACCAGAUAAGUGAUGAGAAUUAAGAAAAAUAUCAAUUUGGGGAAAACAAGUUGAUCCAAUUCUAAAUUCUCUGAACUAACAUUAUAAAAAUUGUAUAAUUGACAGUAAGGAUAAUUACAAAUUUGGUGUGAGAGUUAAAAGGUUAAUAGACUAUAUGUUUAUCCUCAUGUUUGCUGCAGUGGUCUAAUGGUCAGUGUACUGGACCACAGGUCAAAAGGUCUGGGUUCCAGAACUGCCUAGGUAAUUGCAUUGUGAGCUUGGGCAAGAUAGUUUACUCCCAUUGAGCCUCUCUUCACCCACGGGUGUAACAGGGUGCUGGUGAAAUGUCAGGGAAACCUGAUGAAAUGCCAGCUGGUAAUGUUGUGAUUUACUGAAACCCCAUCCAGGGGGAAGUAGUAAUACUUUUAGUCAUUUCAUGCUAUGGAACCUGGGAUGAGCUCCAGCAGGAUGUGGCGUGUGGCAUGAGUGUGGACUUAAAUUUUUUUUUCCUUUUUUGUUAGGAAAGACCAUGCCAAGUGUGAAUUUGCAGUACAUGAUGUUUUCGCAGUUGAUAUUCUAAUUAGCACAGGAGAUGGUAAAACCAAGGAGAAAGAUACACGAACAACAGUGUACAAAAGAACUGAAAACAACUAUCAGUUGAAAAUGAAGGCCUCUAGAGGUUUGUGGUCAUAUCUUUCCAUUUUUUUCCUGAAUCGGUAGAAUAAACAAAUGUUUUCUUGAAGCUUGUGAGUUUUUGAGAUUUUCUCUUCUUAAGGGAAUGCCUCCUAUCUUUCUUGCAGCUUUUUACAGUGAGGUGUGUAACAAAUUCACCACCAUGCCAUUUACUUUAAGGUACUACCACAUGUUCUGUUUCUGUGAUUAUCAUUUGACUGACGCCAGGAAAAGUUUGGUGACUAGGUUUUGAUCAAAGGACUACUGUGCAGUCACAGGUUAACUUCCUCCUUCCUUGUUUCCAAUGAACACCGUCUCUCAAGAGAUGUGUGUUGCCAAUUUAUAAACAUGAAAGCCCACUAAAAGAGGUCAAACAUCAUGUUUCCAUUGGAAUUGAAGCCUGUUUCCCAUGGCAACGACACAAUUUGAAAGUGAAAACCUGGUUGUCAAACUUCCGUAUCACCCUACUCAACUAAAAAUCAUUAAAAUUUGUGAAUUGAUAUCAAAAACAUCAGAUGGCUAUCAUGAAAAUUGGCAGAGGUUUUAGAUGCAUGGUAUCUUGUCAUUUUAUGUUACUAAUCUACCCGCUGCACUCUAUUUCACAGAGCUUUUGAAGAUGAGAAAAAAGCAAAAAUGGGUGUCGUAGAAUGUUGCAAGCAUCAACUUCUAGAACCAUUUAAUGUCCUAUGGGAGAAAGAAGGUCAGUAGAGAAGACAGAAUGUCAAUGUCCCAGUCGUGUUCAGAGCUCAGAGAGAAAUAUUUUUUUAGACAAAAGUUUGCUUAUAGAUGACAUUUAUUCUUAAUUAUUUUUAUCCCAUAUUGAGACACCAAUAUUGAGUGUGAUUCCUUUUUCAUAGAUAACUCUAAUUUAUUUUGACACCUAAUUUUUUCAUAUUAUUCCUGGCGACAUAUUAAAAUAUGAAGCUGAACCCUCCUCACCCCCCCAUUCUCACCAUCUUCAUCCCUUCCUCCCCUUCCCUUGCCAUCAGUUUUUCUCUCACAGCCUGCUGCUUUUUAUCUUUUAUUCCAGGAGAAUAUGUAGCCCAGUUCAAAUUCACACUUUUAAUCAUGCCUAAUGGACCAAUCAGGUAAGAAAUAGCUUCCAUAUAUCUCCAUGUACAAUUUGUGAUGAAAUAAAUUUCACCUGACUAGUUACUUGAAAAUCAUAUAAAGCCAUGAUCCCUGCAGGUGAGCUGCAAUUUAAGCAAGCUGGAAAAAAAUUCAGGCUCAUCAGGAAUCACACCCAUGCUGUUACAGCUACUGAAACAUUCUUUUUUCUCCCUAGGAUUACGCAGGGACCUUUUGACCCAGAAGUAAUACAAUCAGAGUACUCAAUAAAAGACCAAGAGAUUAAGGUGAGGUAAUCUCCAGGAGGCUCUGCAUCAAAAUGAUUUAAAUAUUUUUGUUGUUUUUGUGUGAAUUUGAUCAUGACAGAAUUUCACAGUUUUUGAGUGAUAGAAUUUCUCUAAACAACAUUACUACUAUGUUAAGACAAGUGAUUACAGCAAAGAAAAGUAACAAUUAGGGGGUUAUUACUUGAUCAAAUACAAUUUCUCCAUACUAUUAUCAUGAGAAUUGCAGGGUGUGCAGUAGGGAGAAUUGCAUAUGAGAUAUGGUUUUUCAAUGAGAGAGUCCUCCAUAUUAUGAAUGACUCAUUUUGAAUUUUUGAAGUUUGUCUGGUUUGAAUUUCAUGAAUGUUUAACUCUUUAAACCCUAAGAGUGACAAGCAUCUAAUUUCUCCCAACAAUAUCACCCCUGAAUCACAAACUAAGGUCAUGAGAAAAAAAGGAAACGUUCACCUGGGAAGGAACCUUUUGAUUAGCAAACAAAUUCUCCCUGUCAGCACUGUAGGAAAUGUAUAAAGAGCAGUAUGGAGAAUAUGCAUACUGAUGUUAGGGUGUAAAGGGUUAAGAGAGAAAAAAGAACAUGAUGUAUUCAAUUGUUUUGUCAUAAAUUCUUUCUUUUCUUUUUUUUUACUUCCCAGGACAUACUUGCAACAUCAGCAAGCAGGAAAACUCAAAAGAAGAAAAAAAAGAAGGCAAGUAAACACUUUUAUAGCUCUUUUGCAUGA